AUGUCAAGUGAGGAUGACACGCUAAGAGUGAAAUGCCGGAUAUGUUCAAAAAUGUAUCAAUUUACGGAAAUGCAACAAAUAUUUCCGUGUUUUCAUUUAUUUUGUCGAGGAUGUAUCUCUAUCCUAACAUCUUACCAAACGACUAAUCAAGCAAAUAGCGAUAGAAAGCGUAAACAAAUUUCUACAGAUGUAAUGACUUGUCCAGCAGCAAAUUGCUAUUCACAAAUUCGUGGCACUCUAACAGAUUCUCUUCCACUUACUAUAAAUUAUUGUGAUAAUAUGUUGUGUCCAAAAAAAUUAUCACAAUUUGAAUCUGCUCGUUUAAAUGCAUGCCAACAUGAACUUUGUACCGCAUGUCUCGAAGAAUCUCUACAACGACAACCACCUGCUUGUAUCGUUGAAAAUUGCAAUCGAGGUAUUGUUGAAGUGGAAGAUACAUACUUUUGUGAUAAUUGUGGUAAACAAACAACUGAUCCAAAGGUACAAGUGAAAUGUAAAGUGAAAGAUAAUUGUGAACGUAUAGCACUUAACGGCUUUCCAUCGAAUUCAGAAUGUAGCCAUGAUGUAUGCAUUGAAUGUCUUACUGAUAUGAUUGCCGAUUGCGAAGCAAACGGAAUAGCUCCAAUGUGUCCUCAACCAUCAUGUCAUCAAUAUUAUACGAUUGAAUCAGUCAAUGCAUUACGUACACUUUUUCCACAAAAAGCUGAAUUCUUUCAACGAUUUGAUUUGAAUGAACAAAAAACAGAUUUGUUUUGCAAAGAUGAAUCUGUGACAUUUAUAGACUUUUCGUCCGAAUUCGAUUUCGCAUCAAGGCAGAUGGCAAUACGCGUAAUGGCCGAUAGUGACGAAGAAGCGGAAGGAAUUUUAAUUUACGAUAAGCAGGGUACGAUUGGCGAUUUUAUUCGCGAAGUUCGUCGUGUCCUUAAAAUACUACCUUAUGAAAAAGCAAGUACUACAAUAUAUGGUUAUUUCAUUAAAAAUGAGGAUGAUGGUAAAGUUGAAAAUGAGACAGAUGAAGAGAUUGCUACUGACGCUAUAUCAUUGGCAAAAUGUAUUACCGAAUUACAUCUUACUUCAUCAUCUGUGGUUCACGUUGAUACUGCUGGCAUUGUACAACGUAAAUCACUAACCAAAACAAAUACAUCAAUGCAAUUAUAA